CGCUAAAAUGUGAGCGUCCUUGCUUCCAGGAACACGAAGGUCGCUUCUUAUCACGUCGUCCAUUUGGCUCCGCCCACUAACAGCCAAACAACCAAUGAGAGACAUUCUUGAAGUUCACACGGUGAUUGACGGACCGUGAUUGACUCAGACUUUGAGAGCACAGUGCCCAUUUGAGUCUUGGUGGUGAUAGAAGAAGGGUUUUAAGACAACACAGCUUGUAACGUUAUCUAUUCUGUUGGAGUUGGUUUUGAUCGGAAGCAGGGUGUCAUGGCUGCCCCGUGGCACCACCCGGGGAUCACCAAAGACCAGGCGGAGGGACUGCUCGUGGCAGCGGGCAUGCAGACGGGAAGCUUCCUGGUGAGAGACAGCGAGAAAAGGGAGGGGGCCUACGCACUGUGCAUUUGGGACGAAGGUCGCGUGAGGCAGUAUCGUAUCCUGCCAACGGGCAACGGUUAUCUACAGAUCCAGGGUCAUGUGAACAGACUGUACCCAACUCUCGCUGAUCUGAUGGAGUCUUACAGAACGGACCCCCAAGGUUUGGCCUGUCCCCUGCUCUAUCCAGUUCUGAAGGAGAACACAGUGGUGAACAGACCCCAGAGCAGGUCACCCAAACCAGUCAUCCAGCAGCCACCAAACAUCAGAAGAGGUGAUGACGAUUCUACCAUGUACUUCCCAAUCAUCAUCAUUCCGACCCAAGGCUCUGAACAUUGCGGUCUCGAAGGCCGAUUUGUUCUCAAAGUCUCCGCCAUCGGUCUGUCAUUGCUCGAUCCGCAGACUGACCACGUGCUGUACCUGUGGCCGUUCCGACACAUUCGCAGGUACGGACGAAACACGACCGCGUUUCUGUUUGAGUGCGGGAGAAAGUGCGCAUCAGGGGAGGGAGACUUUGCCUUCCGUACGCCCUGCCCCAACGAUGUAUUCCUUGCGGCGGAUAACCUGCGGAAGAAAGUGUUUCUAAUGCGGACAAAAGUCACCGUCAUUCCUACGGACGCAUCAAAGCGCUGUAAGCUCAAGGGCGACUACAUGCUUCAAGUAUGCUCGGAGGGCAUCGUCCUCCUGAACAGUACAACAGAACAGCUUGUGUACGAUUGGCCGUACAAAAUGAUCCGUCGGUACGGCCGGAGUAAGACAGACUUCACCCUAGAAGCAGGCAGUAGGUGUGCGUCAGGCGAGGGCACGUUCACCUUCAAAUCCAGCGUACCGCAGCAGAUCUUCCAACACGUGGACCGCGUGAGAGCUCACAUGUUGCGAGCGAAGGGCAACGAGGCCGUGCCCAGGCAGCCACAAGCCACGAGUAACGAGUAUGUGGACGUACCCGGGGUGACCUAUGCAGAGUUGGCCAGCUUUGGUUCACAACCGAGAGCGGCACGUAGUCAGACUGGACCCUCCUACAUGGACCAACCUACAGAGUACUCAACUAUCGUGUUUGAGUAGGACACAAUAAGUUGUUUCACAGUUUGCACUGCUCAUGCCUUCGUUCAUUAAUUCAUUCAGACAGGACCCUCCUACAUGGACCAACCUACAGAGUACUCAACUAUUGUGUUUGAGUAGGACACAAUUAGUUGUUUCACAGUUUGCACUGCUCAUGCCUUCAUUCUGAAAGCCCCA